AUGACACCCUGCGCAUUCAGACUCACGAAAUGCCUCCUCGCACUCGGCCUCUUCUCCCUCGCCUCCACCUCCGCCUCCGCGUCUUCAGGCCCAGGACAGGGACACGCGGCGCCUAUACAGGCACGAGAAACGUUCGAUGAGAGCCUGACGCUCCGCCCGCUGCCAGACGGGCGCGUGUCUGCUGCGUUCGAGUUUAAGACGGUGGUGCGCGGGGCUAGGCCGCGCGAGCCGGGGAGUUUGGGGAGAGCGAGGGAGGAGGGGGAUGUGUCCCAGCACUACGCGCUCUUCCCGCUCGAGCUCGGCCAGAUUCUGCGCGCACACGCCGUCGCGGAGCUGCACCUCGGCCUGCGCGCGGGGAAGUGGGACUACGACGCGUGGGGCGCGCCCGGCGCGUGGACAACAGCAGACCCGUCACCCGAGCCACAUGCUGGCGUUGGCGCCGGUGCAGCGGGUGCGGCGACGGGCGCGGAGCUCUAUGCGUGGAUGGGGGAUGCAGGCGGGGGCGAGGGCGAGGGCGGCGUUUCGAUCGACGACCGGUGGACCGGCCUGCGCAGCGCGCUCGCGGGCCUCUUCUGCGCGUCGCUCGAGUCGCUCGACGAGCGGCGCACGUGUGCGCCCGCGGACGCGUUCCCGCCCUCUGGGACCUUGCCUCCUCUCGCGUCCCAGUACCGCCCUCGGUCCAACGCGAGCGGCUCGUCAAUAGGUGCGGGAGGAGGAGGAUACUACGAGCUGCGCCACGCGCUGCAGCCCGCCGAGCACGUGUGCACGGAGAACCUGACGCCGUUCGUGCGCCUGCUGCCGUGCAAGGCCGCGGCCGGGCUCGGGCGGCUGCUGAACCCGCAGAAGCUGUUCGGCGCGGACUGGCAUGGCUUGGGUGUGCACGUGCGGUGGGUGGCGCCGGGUGGGGGCGGCGGGGAGGGCGGGGUUGAGCUGGUGUUGGCUGCGCAGGGGGUGUUUGAUCCGGUGAGGCUGAGCGGGAGCUACAGGAGUCGAGAUUGGUCUUUCCAGCGGCUAUUCGACCGCCUUGUCGAGGCGCGGUGCCCUGUCGCGCGCAGCAGCCGUGUGUACGUCGAGCUCCCGCAGGACGUUGCGUACUCGGUCGUUCCUGAGCCGACAAAGGUGGAGGGUGCGGUGGCGAUGUACGAUCUUCUUGCUGAAAAUGCAGAACGAGUAGAUGUCUCCCUCCGCUACCUCCUCGAAAAGCAGUUCCAAUACCCGACCGCCCGCCCGCCCUCGCUCUCACCGCUGACUGUGCGCCGCGCACUACACGGCACAUCGCAAGCGCACGGCGCGCUCGCCGUAAGCGUGACGAACAACCUUGACACCCCCGUCCGCGUGGGCUACCUCGAGACGCUCCCCGCGCUCGUCACGCUCUGGCUGCACACACUCACCGUCACACUCGACGGCGACGCCCGGCCGCGCAACGAUCUGCUCACAGACCUGACCUACCAGCCACCCCUCCCGCACGGCGCACACACGGGCCCGUCCGUGCUGCAAGCCGCGCUCGCGAUCCCGCCGCGCGCGACGCUCCGUCUCUCGGUGGACAUGGGCAAGGCGUUUUUGCGGUACACGGAGCACCAGCCGGACGCGAUGCGCGGGUGGGACCUCCCCGGCGCCGUGUUCUUCCCGCUCGCCCUCGACGACAAAUCGUACGGCGCCGGGCUCGCGAGUGCGAAGAACAGUAACGAGACGGCGGUGGCGACGACGAUCGGGUAUAGAAUUCAUACGCCGAAUCUGCUCGUGGACCUCGCGACGCCGGAUUUUAGCAUGCCGUAUAAUGUGAUCAUUCUCAGCUGCACGCUCAUCACGCUUAUCUUUGGGAGCGUUUUCAAUAUGCUUACGAGGCGGUGGGUGUUGGUCGAUAUGGACGAGGGGUUGGACGUUGAAUAGGACGUUGCUUGGUGCUAUUAAUCCAGUCGUUGUGUACAAGUGUCCAUCUAAGUUAUGUUACUAGAGAAGCGAUCGCGGAGGGGUGUCGGUUGUAAUGUAGGGAUCGCGAUGGGACAUGGGGUGUAUAUUUAUCUGACGAGAAGAUUCAUGCCAGCAUGCGGGUGAAAGAACAGAACAGAACGCAAUGGGAGGAAAUCCGGCGCAUUACACGAGAAUGACCGCUAUAAGCAAUGCAAGAAGGAUGAUGAUGAGUAUCGUGAUACACCAGCCUGACUUGGUCUCUUCGGUGUCACGCAGGAACUUGCGCAUCUUCAGCAUUGCGCCCGCGAGCUUGGUGUCUGUCCGAUCGACCCCCGACUCGAGGCCGUCGAGCAUCUCGUUGUGCUCCCCGAUCUCACGGCCCAUCAGGCCCGCCUGCUCCGCGAGGUUGGUGAGCGUGCCGGAUAUCGAGUCCAUGAUGCCAUCUUGCUGGUGCAGCAUAAGCUGCUGCUCCUCCUGUGCCCAUGCCGCCUGCGAAUCCUCCUCUUCG